AUGACUGCUCUCCGGAACCCGAGGGGAACAACCAUUGCAUCGAGAAGGGGGAUGGAGAAAAUCAUCUACGACUUCUACUCUGAUCUCUUCGACACCCAUGUCCACUUGCCUCCUCACUAUCUGAGGGAAGACGGACAUGUCAUUCCAGAGGUUCUCCCGUCCGAAAUACGGCAUGCUAUCAUGUCGGUAAGAAACCGUACGGCACCCGCUCCCGACAGAAUAAGAUCAGAACAACUGAAGAACCUUCCGUCAGUACUCAUCAACACCCUGGCGAGGCUCUUUACACGUUACCUGUCGGAAUGCAAGGUUCCUAAACAGUGGAAGACCAGCAAGACCGUGUUGCUGUAUAAAAAGGAGAUCCACAUGACAUCGGCAACUAUCGCCCAGAUUGAAAAAGUCUUGGACGAAGGACAGGCAUGCGAGCAAGCAGGGUUUCGAAAAGGAUUCAGCACGAUUGACCACAUUCACAUUGUUUCGAAACUCAUCGAGGUAUCACGAGAGUACAAGAUGCCGCUCUGUCUCACCUUCAUCGACUUGAAGAAGGCCUUCGACUCCGUUGAGACGGAGGCGGUCGUGGAAGCCUUUGACAACCAAGGCGUCCCUACUCAGUACAUAAAGGUACUUCGAGAGCUGUACAGUAACUUCACGACCGGAAUUUCGUCAUUCUACAAGAACAUCAUCAUUGACGUGAAGAGGGGGGUCCGACAGAGUGAUACAAUUUCACCCAAAAUAUUCAGAGCCACCCUCGAGAACGCAAUGCGAAGGUUGGAAUGGGACGACAUGGGAGUGAAGGUCAACGGUCGGCAGCUACACCAUUUGUGCUUUGCUGAUGACAUCGUACUGGUAACACCUAGCAUCAGCCAAGCGGAACGAAUGCUGACCGAAUUCGACGAAACAUGUGGAUGCAUCGGUCUUCAGCUGAAUCUACAAAAGACGAUGUUCAUGCGGAACGAAUGGGUCUCGGAUGCCCCAUUCACGCUCAACGGAACGAACAUAUCCGAAUGCACCAGCUACGUUUAUCUGGGUCGAGAACUGAACAUGAUGAACGACCUGACCCCCGAGCUGAGCAGGAGGAGACGAGCGGCUUGGGGAGCGUACAAGAGCAUCGAGGAUUUAGUGAAGAAGACCAGGAACACCCGGCUUCGUGCUCACUUCUUCAACACCACCGUACUUCCUGCUUUGACUUAUGCUUCGGAAACCUGGGCAUUUCGCAAGCAGGAAGAAAACGCAGUGAACCUCAUUGAACGCGCAAUUGAGAGAGUGAUGCUAGGAGUAUCCCGUUUCAUGCAAGUGAGGGACGAGAUUCGAAGUUCUCUCCUACGUCAGCGAUCGAAGAUUAGAGACGCCGCCGCGUUUGCCAAGGAAAGUAAAAUGAGGUAG